CAACAUUAGGCGGAAUAUUUUUGUACCUCGAUGGUUGCCGUAGUAGGCCCACGACAGAAAUAUGGCCGCCUCCUUGAUGGUGACACGGGGAUCCUGUCAAAGGAUGCCAUGGUUAGUUGCCAGGAGAUACUUGAGUGUGACUCCUGCAUCUCCGCCCAACAUCAUCACCCGAUUCCUCUUGCGGUUAAGUCAGCAAUUCUAUGAUGUGGAGCAGUUUCUGAACUGGAGCUCCACCUUCAGAAACAGGCUUGUUCGGCGUAAGAACCUCUUCUAUGGCUAUGCAAAGCAAAACUAUGGUGAUAACAUUGCAGCAGCGUACUACAUAUUGAGCCUGAAAGGAAGUUUCAGGUUUGCUGGACAAACAGAAUGGUUCCGGCCCAAUGCCAGAGGACGAUUCAGCUAUGAGUUCAUGAGCUUCCCGGACUCUAUGAUUGAAGAUGUUGACUUGAGUGGCACUCCCAUCAACUGUGAUGGACUAGACAACAUUGUGAGUCAGCUGCAGCUCCGGAGGCUCACCCUAAGGAGCUGCCCAGAGGUGGACGGCUGGUUCCUCACACGCCUGCACAUAUUCAGUGACACCCUGGAGGAGCUGGACAUCUCCCACUGCCCCCGCGUUACUGUAGGAGCCCUGUGUGCUCUGCAGCAUCUCAGAAAGCUGCGUCAUCUGGACAUAUCUGGCCUCCCCAGUGUGCACAACCCUGGGCUGCUGCAAAUUCUUGUGGAGGAGAUGCUGCCACACUGCCUUGUGGCUGGGGCUGAGUACAGCCAAGGCCUUGAGGACACAAUGCAAACAAACAUACAACAAACAAGCAUAAACCAGCCCACAGCACCAGAGGCCCAGCCACACGCAGAGGAAAGUGGGAAGACUAGCACUCAGAGACAAGGGUAGACGCAGUGACGCUUGGAACUUGUACACAGACACAAUUAUUUAUAUGAACUCUUCAUUUCAUAAGGUCAACCCACAAUCACAGACAAAAGGGGGAAAAGAGGAUGAUCAUACACGCAUACACUCACACAAUAAACUGUUAUUUUGUUUCAUGUUUGUUGCAAAUUGCAUAGCAUUGUCCUCAGUGUUGAAUUAUUGUAAUUCAACUACCGGUACACUAAUUGUAAUUAGUGUAUUUACACUGAUUUUGACAUUCAUCUGCACUUAAACAUUUAAAUGGGAAUUGUCUUCACAUGUACUCAUUCAUGUUUUUGAAUGGAAGUGUGAUUGCAGUUAACACUCCAAGGUUGAUGCUGUACAGUUUUAUUAAAACAUUUUUAUUAAAAUGCUAAAAUGUAUACUGAAUUGUAAGCAUGCUGUCCAUAUCAUGAUCCAUUUAGCAUACAGUAGACAUGUCAUUAUUUUUGUAAUUGUAAAUGUAUUCAUAGGCCUACAGUACCAACUAUUGGCAUUAAAUGCAUGUAAUUAAACUGAA